GCAUAUCAGCAAGACUCAGAUGGGCACGGAAAUGGGUUAUAUUUGCCGUUACAAUCUGAAUGGAUUCCGUCUCGACUACAAUCGGACUCGUGGUGCUACAAAAAGCGUACUUAAACCUCUCACUCCGAAAAAACCACGCUUUACCACUCAAGCGUUCCCGAAUUGAUUUUCCUACUCGUCCGUUUUCAUGAGGCAGACGUUUUCGGUAUUGGCGGUAGCUACACUUGUGGUGUGUUGUACCAAGAUGGCAGACGCAGCUCAAGUCCAUGAGUCCGAGGUCAGUUCCAGCAAAAAUCUUGUUGGCAACACUAGUUACCUCCAGAGAAGCGAUGUCCUCGCGAAGCCAGAGUCAACUGACACCGUCAAGUUCUCAGGUGAAGAGCGAGGAAUCACGGAAAGACUGAAGGGCGUUUUCAAAGCGAACUCAGCAACCUUAAACGCUCAGAACUUUGGGAAAACUGUCAGCAGCAACAAGAACAUUGAAAAAGUGCUCAGUAGGAAGACCAUCGACCAAACACUUAGCGACAAGAAUCUGGAAAAAGUGCUCAGCGACAAGAACAUGAAGAAGAUGCUCAGCGACAAGAACCUCCAGAAAUCUCUCAAGAACAACCAGAAGAUCGAGAAAACGCUCAGCAACAGCAACAUCAAACGCUCCACUCUUGCCAGAGUUGCUGCGUUUAUUGACAGGAAUCCGAAAGCAGUAGCGCUUUACAAGGGCUCAAUUCUCACAGCAAUUGCUGCGCUCAUCAUUAUUGUGAUUUUCGGGAGCAUUGGCUUGAAACCAUCGUCGGAGUGAGAGCUGGCUUGGUGAGUAGUAUCGCGGGCGCAAUUAUUGCACUGCAGUCAUGUUGCUACUUUGCUUUGGUUCGGCAGUAUGAUUUAUUAAAACUUGAGUCCGAACACAAAUCUGCUUUAUAAGGCUUCAGGUACGGGGUUGGCUAGUUGGAUGUUGUAGUUGAUGGUAAAUCAAAGACUGACUGUUAUUUGCUUUA